UUUUGUAACAAAGAAAAACAAAAAAACCUAUAAAAGAAGUCCCUCACAUCUUAUGGAAAAUGGAUUGAAAGGGAAUUUGGCUCUUUCAGCAAAACCUGGGAUGAGACACGGAAACAGUUAGAUGGAAUCCUAGUACAUGUAAAAGAACAAAGCAACGGCUCUUGAUUGGUACUAGGUGAAGAUGGAAUCUUGCCAAAAACCUUGAUUCGCUGUGAAUCCCCUCAGGGAACCAUCUUCGAAAUACUUGCACCAUGGAAUCAUCAAAGCAAGUGAGUUCCUCUGCAAUCAGGAAGUUCAGUACUCCAGUUCCUCUGCAAGGAGCACCAUGAACUUGCGUUCCAAAUCAACCUUUCUUCACUCUGAAUACUCUGUUUAGGUUCUCUGAAUAAACUGAGCCUCAACUGUUCGACGAAAUGUCUAACCGAGUUUUCAUGAAAAAGGGGCUGCUACCAGCAUUGGGUGCCCACAUUGUGAACUUGCUAAGCACAAGCAAACAACACUGCGGUGUUUCCAUAGUGGUUCGAUCGAAAACGACGUCUGCCCAGUACGUGGCUGCGAGAGCUCGAGAUGCCACGUUUGAGAAGCUCAUGGACAAGUACAAAAACCUUCUCAAAGUCAUCGCGGUUCAAGACCUUAUCCUCGCUAACCCCAAGAACCCAUCAGUCUCUAUUGAUUUCCUCUCCAGGCUCUCCCAGAAGCUCCACCUCAACCGCGGAGCCACUGCCUUCCUCCGCAAGUAUCCUCACAUCUUCCACAUUUACUAUGAGCCCUCCAAGUUGCAACCCUAUUGCAGGUUGACUGAUGCUGCUCUUGAUGUAUCGCGGAAGGAAGCGGAGGCCAUUAAUGCUUCUAUGCCAGUUGUUGUUGACAGACUUGUUCGGAUACUGUCCAUGUCUGCAUCCAAAAUGGUUCCACUUCGAGCUAUUUUCAAGGUUUGGAGAGAGCUUGGCCUACCUGAUGAUUUUGAGGAUUCGGUUAUAUCUGCUAAUUCUAGUGUUUUUCAGCUGUGUGAUGGGCAUGAACUAAAUACUCAUUUGUUGAAGUUGGUUGGUGAUCUUCCCAGUGAUGGUUUUAGAGCGACUGUUGAGGAUUGGAGGCUGGUUGAGUGCUGUAAGGAGGACAGCAGUGUUGAUAGGAUGGAAAUGCGGUUCAGUUUCAAACAUGGGUAUCCUCCAGGGAUGAGGUUGACCAAGACUUUCAGGGCCAAUGUGAAGGAAUGGCAGAGUUUGCCUUAUGUGGGGCCUUAUGAGGUGGUGAGUGAGAAGAAGAAGUCUAAGGCUGGGAUGAUGGCAAUGGAGAAACGAGCGGUGGCAAUUGUUCAUGAAUUCUUGAGUUUGACAGUGGAGAAGAUGGUGGAAGUUGAGAAGAUCAGCCAGUUUAGGAAUUGGUUUGGGAUUGAUUUAAAUAUAAGGGAUCUGUUCCUGGAUCACCCAGGGAUCUUCUAUUUGUCAACUAAGGGGAAACGCCACACUGUUUUCCUGAGGGAAGCUUAUGAGCGGGGUUGUUUGAUCCAACCAAAUCCUGUUUAUGAUGCAAGGAGAAAACUACUUGAUCUUGUUCUUCUUGAACGUAGGGGUCUGCCUGCUCUUAAUUCCAACUUGCAGGAUAGAAGCAGUAACAAUGAGGAGGACAAUCAGCAAACACAUGACUCUUUAUCAUCUUGACUAAAGCAUUACUGCUGCUUUGUUAAGGUGCCUUGUUUAUUGCUUUUUCCGCGUCCGAGAUUGGUUCAUUUUCUUGUGUUGCUAUUGGCACAUAAGUACAAAGAAGAAAACUCCUUUGAUUCUGACUUGGUCAAAAGUUCAGCAUAGACCAUUUUGAUAUAUAUGAAGACAUCAUAAUUAAUGAAAAGCUAUCUUCUGUAGCAGAAGGACUGGAUGGAUGAAAUCUGAGUGUAACUUAAAUCCGUCAUAUUACAUGUUUCAGCCUGUUAUGAAAAUAUUCUGCUGCAGAAACUCUCCUGUAACUGGCUUUUCAUCGCAUUGAAGGAUGCAAAAUUAUGGUUACCCCCUUACCACAGAAGCUCUACUACAGAGACCGUGGAUUCAAAUGCCUUGUUGCUUAUUUUCCUAUUCAUUUUCAACAUGUUGGCAACUAAAUAUCAUAUCAGGGGAGGGCAUGGCAAUCUAGGCUUCUCUUGAGGAGCUAGUUUGCAGAUCAUCUCUUGAUGCUAGAGGUGUGCAGUGGGUGAACAUGUAUUCGGCCCUAGCGAAACCUUGUCAUGAUACUCUAUAAUGGCACAGUGGCAAGGUUUCCUACUUCAGAGGAUGUUGGAGCCACUUUGCUAAUAUCAAUUACAAUGAUAAACUUGUUCGUUCUGUUGCUACUAUUUUAAUAACUCACAAAACAUAUUUAUUUCUUGUAUUGUGGAUGUAUAAGUAGAGUUGAUUAUGUUGUGGCACACCACAUUAUAUAUCUGAAAAAAAUGUAAUAUUGCUCUUUCCCGAUAGGCAAACAAGAUCAUUCCUUUGUUCUA